AUGGUUCAACCACUUCCUUAUGGUGGAUUUGAGUGGAUUCCGGUUUCAGAUGAUUUCGAUUUUAAUAUUCAAGAUGAUGAAGCUUUUAGCUACAUUUUAGAAGUUGAUUUAGAUUAUCCGCAAGAUUUGCAUGACAGUCACAGUGAUUUACCAUUUUGUUCUGAACACACAAAUCCACCAUCAGAAUUAAAGCAAGCGAAACUUUUGACAACUUUGAAUCAUAAGCGGAAAUAUAUUAUUCAUUGCAGGGUAUUGAAACAGGUUAUAGCUAAUGGGUUAAAGUUAGUAAAAAUUCAUAGAAUCAUGAAAUUCAAUCAAUCAACAUGGCUUAAGUCAUAUAUAGAUUUCAAUACUUUGAUGAGAGCUAAGGCAAAAAACGAAUUUGAAAAGAACCUUUUUAAACUCAUGAAUAAUGCUGUAUAUGGAAAAACAAUGGAAAAUGUUCGGAAACAUGUCGACGUUAAACUUGUAACUAAAUGGAAUGGACGCUAUGGUGCUGAGGCUCUUAUUUCCAAACCCAACUUUCACAGUCGGUCAAUAUUUAAUGAAAAUUUAGUAGCGAUUGAACUUAGAAAAACAGAAAUUUUAAUGAACAAACCAAUUUACAUUGGCUUUUCGGUACUUGAUUUGUCAAAGACGCUUAUUUAUGACUUUCAUUAUGAUUAUAUGUUAAAAAAGUAUGGUAAAUCUUGCAAAUUGAUGUACACAGAUACGGAUAGCUUAAUUUACGAAUUAAAAUGCGAUAACAUUUUUGCUGAUAUGAGGGAAGAUAUUCACAAAUUUGAUACGUCAGACUAUCCAAAGGAUAAUAUUUAUAAUAUUCCGCAAGCCAACAAUAAAAUUCUUGGACUCAUGAAAGAUGAGUGUAGUGGAAAAAUUAUUACUGAAUUUGUUGGCUUGCGGAGUAAAAUGUAUAGUAUUCGUGUAAAUGGUUAA